CUCCAUGCCUCUAGAGGUCCCCUGUGUUCCCCUCUGCCUUAGUUUUUCCACAUGGAUCCUUGUUAGCAUUAUCCAGGUCACCUGUGCCUUGUUUCUCCUAGGGUAUUUUAGUUGUGUUUUUUCCCCUUGUUCCUCACUUGGUUUUUGAGUCUUGGCCGCGUGCUUCCUGCUUUGUCUCUCCAAGUCUUUCCAAGCUAUCUCAAGUAAGGUGUUCUGAGUUAUUUGGUUAUUAAUGUUCUCUAGUUUUGUUUUCUCCCCUCGUGGAGUUUUUAUUUUCCCAUGUGGUUUUUUCCAUUAUCUCUUAUGUUAUUAAUACCUCUGUCUGAGAAGAACUUUUGUUGGAUUUUUGCUUGAAAAUACUUUUUUUUUAUUAAAUCUACAUUGCCUGGAGUUCUGCCUUGAGUGUUUCGUUUGGGUCCAACAUCACAGUCUCUGUGGCCUUGUGGCAGAUAUCUCAACCACCACACCAGAGACCCGAGUUCUAGCCCGGCUUGUGACAGAAAAACCAAGUCACUCAUGGACCCAGAGACACUCGGUUCCAAGGAUCUGUUGGCGGUGAUUGCUCAACACGAGGCAUCUUUUCAGCGCCAUGAAGCCGUUCUCAGCCGACAAGAAGAGCUAAUGGCCAAACACUCUCAACUCCUGGCCGAUGUGAUGAGUUCCAUCCGCCAGCUCUUUGAACGCCUCCCUGGUUCUUCACCUUCCUCUGUAUCACCUCAGAGUGGCGACAGGCCUUCUCCCGUGGUGGAGCCCCGACUGCCACCUCCAAAACCCUUCACUGGAGAUCCCAGUUCCUGCCAGGGUUUCCUCACCCAGUGCUCCCUCACCUUCGAGCUCCAACCCUCAAGUUUUCCCACAGACCGCUCCAAGAUUGCUUACAUUAUUACCCUUCUCUCUGACAAGGCGCUCUCUUGGGCCUCCGCAGUGUGGCAAUCUCAGGGUGCCUGUUGUGAGUCCUACGCGGCAUUUGUGGAAGAGUUCAAGCGAGUGUUUGAUCAUCCUGUCAGUGGUCGGGAGUCUUCCAAGCGCCUACUCACUCUCCGUCAGGGUUCCCGUAGCACAGCAGAUUUUGCCAUUGAGUUUCGGACCAUAGCGGCAAAGAGCGGAUGGAACGAUGAGGCACUGAGGGUCUGCUUUCAGGGAGGGUUGUCUGAGCCCCUUCAAGAUGAGUUAGCCACUCGAGAACCAGCUGAGGAUCUCGAGUCCCUCAUAGCAAUGGCCAUCCGCCUAGACAAUCGCCUGAGAGAGCGGAGGGCGGCUCGCCGCAAGGAGUCUCAGUCCCAAGUUCCUCUGAGCAGGUCUGUUUCUCCAGUUUGUAUUCCUUCGUCCAGAGGUUCCCCAGCUCCUGAACAGCUCCAUGAUUCCCCGGAGGACAUGCAGUUGGGCCGUUCCAGGCUUUCUCCCAACGAGAGGGAACGUCGCAUGAGGGAGCGUCGUUGCCUUUACUGCGGUGCUUCCGGCCACUUCCGCUCCACUUGCCCCGAGCUUUCGGGAAACGCCUGUCCCCGCCCAGCAACAGGAGGGCUGUGAUGGGGAAGAUUAGAGCUCCUCCUGCUAACGCCGUCCUAGCUGUUCCAGCUACCUUGGCCUGGGAGGGCCACCAGCAUCUGGUCCAGGCUAUGAUUGAUUCUGGUGCCGCAGGCAACUUCCUGGAUCUAACCUUGGCUAAGGAACUUAAGAUCCCUACCCAACUUCUUCCUCACCCCCAGGCAGUUACCGCUUUGGAUGGCAGACCUCUGGAACCGGGCAAAGUAACAGAGGCCACUCAGUCCCUGCAACUUACUAUCUGUCAACACCAGCAGGAGGAGACCUUCUAUCUUAUUGACUCCCCCGAGUACCCUAUUAUCCUGGGUCAUCCUUGGCUGCGAAGACAUAAUCCCCAUAUCGACUGGCUCACUAGCACCAUUCUAAGCUGGGGUUCCACUUGCCAACUCACCUGCCUGCGUCAGAGUCCCCCAGCUCCUAGUUCUGAGUUUCAAGAGUCUGUCGACCUGUCCCGAGUCCCUAGUGUUUAUCAUCAGUUCAAGGCAGUGUUCAGCAAGUCCCGGGCUACCUCCUUACCACCUCACCGCACUUACGACUGUGCUAUUGAUCUGCUCCCUGGCUCCUGCCCUCCCAGGGGUCGGAUCUUCUCCUUAUCUCCCCCCGAGCGCUCGGCUAUGGAUACCUACAUUAAGGAGUCUGUGGCAGCUGGCAUCAUCCGUGCCUCUACUUCCCCGGCUGGGGCGGGUUUCUUCUUUGUUGAGAAGAAAGACGGGGGUCUUAGGCCUUGUAUUGAUUACCGGGGCCUCAACAAGAUCACGGUUAGGAAUCGAUACCCCCUACCUCUCAUGGCCACGGCUUUUGAGCUGCUUCAAGGGGCUUCCAUUUUUAGUAAACUGGAUCUCCGCAAUGCUUACCAUCUUGUGCGUAUCCGGCAGGGGGACGAAUGGAAGACUGCCUUCAACACCCCCACGGGCCACUAUGAGUAUCUCGUGAUGCCGUUCGGGCUCACCAAUGCCCCCGCAGUGUUCCAAGCACUGAUUAAUGACGUUCUCCGGGACCUGCUUAAUCAAUUCGUCUUUGUAUACCUGGACGAUAUCCUCAUUUUCUCAAGGUCACUGGAGGAGCAUGAGGGGCAUGUUAGCAGGGUUCUCCAGAGACUCCUUGACAAUCAUCUCUACGUAAAGCCCGAGAAGUGUGAUUUUCAUGUUACCCAGGCUCAGUUUCUCGGGUUCAUCGUCACUCCUGGCCACCUGGAGAUGGACCCUAAGAAGGUUGAGGCAGUUCACAACUGGCCCAUACCUGCCACAGUCAAGGAGGUUCAACGUUUCAUUGGCUUUGCGAACUUCUAUAGGAGGUUCAUUAAGAAUUUCAGCUCUGUGGUGGCCCCCUUGACGGCGCUUACCAAGGGAGGAGGAGCCAAGAUUCACUGGGGUCCAGAGGCAGCAGGGGCUUUCGAGGAUCUCAAGCGCCGCUUCACUUCCGCUCCCAUUCUUGUGAUCCCUGACCCAGAAAAACCUUUCGUGGUGGAGGUGGACGCCUCAGAGGUGGGGGUAGGGGCCAUCCUAUCUCAGAGGGGUGAGGAUGGAAAGUUACACCCUUGCGCCUUCAUGUCCCGCCGCCUGUCGGAUGCUGAGCGCAACUACCACGUGGGGGAUCGUGAAUUGCUCGCGGUAAAACUUGCCUUGGAGGAGUGGCGCCACUGGCUCGAGGGGGCUCAGCACCCUUUCCAGGUUCUUACAGACCACAAGAACCUAGAAUAUCUCCAGCAGGCUAAGCGGUUAAACACUCGGCAAGCUCGAUGGUCUCUGUUUUUUAAUCGAUUCCAGUUUCUCCUAUCUUACAGACCCGGCACCAAGAACGUCAAGCCGGAUGCCUUGUCUCGAGCCUACUCUCCCGAGACACAAGAGAAGCCUUUGACAUCGAUUAUUCCGAGGUCUAGGAUUGUCGCGCCCCUUCAGUGGGAACUGGAAAGGGUGGUGCGAGAGGCCCUUGCCCGUGAGCCCGAUCCAGGAGGUGGUCCCGCUGGACGCCUGUUCGUUCCUCUAUCUGCCCGGGCCCAGGUCUUGCAGUGGGGUCAUGAGUCUCCCUUGACUUGCCAUCCAGGAACUGCUCGCACACUUGACUUCCUCCAGCGGCGGUUUUGGUGGCCGUCCAUCAAAAAUGACGUUAAGGUCUAUGUGGAGGCCUGCCCCGUGUGCAAUCAAGGAAAGUCUACACGUCAGCGUCCUCAAGGACUGCUCCGUCCCUUACCUGUCCCCCGCAGGCCAUGGUCGCACCUUUCUCUGGACUUUGUUACGGGACUCCCACCAUCCCAGGGCAACACAGUCAUCCUGGUGGUUGUAGACCGGUUCUCUAAAGCUGCCCGGUUCAUUCCCCUGCCCAAGCUGCCUACGGCCAAGGAGACUGCAGAGCUCCUCAUGAACCAUGUCUUCCGGAUAUUCGGUAUUCCCCUGGACAUUGUCUCCGACCGAGGUCCCCAGUUCUCGUCCCGGUUCUGGGGAGCCUUCUGCAGGCUUAUUGGGGCCACUGCCAGCCUAUCAUCUGGGUUCCAUCCAGAGUCUAAUGGCCAGACGGAACGGAUUAAUCAGGAUCUGGAGACCACUCUGCGGUGUAUGGCGGCCAGUAAUCCCACGUCUUGGGCCACCUAUAUCAUUUGGGCUGAAUAUGCCCACAACACCCUCCAGUCCUCGGCCACUGGACUAUCCCCCUUUGAAUGCCAGUUUGGAUAUACCCCUCCAUUAUUCCCCGAGGAACAGGCGCAAGUUGGUGUUCCCUCAGCCCAGCGCUUUGUCCAACGCUGUCGGCUAACGUGGAGGAAGGCUAGGCAUACCCUCCUUCGGACCUCCCAGAGAUACCAAAGUCAGGCUAAUCGCCGCCGCCGGACAGCCCCUAAUUUCCGAGCCGGUCAAAGAGUUUGGCUAGCUACGAAGAACCUGCCCCUCCGGGUCGAGUCCAAGAAACUUUCCCAGAAAUACAUUGGCCCUUUUCGCAUAGCAAGGAAAGUUAACCCUGUUUCUUAUCGUUUAUUUCUCCCUCGUUCCCUUAGAAUUAACCCCACGUUUCAUGUCUCAUUACUAAAACCUGUCUUGUCUUCUCCCUUUGCCCCCCCACACAGACCCCCUCCACCUCCCAGGAUCAUCAACGGCCAGCCAGCCUACACGGUACACCGGAUACUGGACUCCCGGAGGGUCCAGAACUCACUUCAGUAUCUGGUGGACUGGGAGGGCUACGGGCCGGAGGAGCGCUCCUGGGUUCCAGCCAAAGACAUCCUGGACCCAAGUUUGAUCCGAGAAUUUCGCACCCGGAGGCCGGGGUGUUCUGGAAGGAACGUCAGGAGCCGUUCCUAGAGGAGGGGGUCCUGUCAGCAUCCUACCUCCUGUAGUUUGUCUCCAUGCCUCUAGAGGUCCCCUGUGUUCCCCUCUGCCUUAGUUUUUCCACAUGGAUCCUUGUUAGCAUUAUCCAGG